AUGGCUCUUGUAUUAAGAUAUGUUAAGCAUGAUGGUGUGCUAAUGGAAUGCUUUUUUGACAUUGUGGGAGUUAAAAACACAUCAGCAGUGACGCUUAAGGACGCAAUAUCUGAUUGUCCAUUUGCUUAUUAUGUCCAUUGUUUUGCUCAUCGAUUACAACUAGCACUAGUUGCAGCAGCAAAAGAUGAGCGAAAGAUUUGGCAAUUAUUCUCUCACUUGACUUGUAUUGUCAAUCUUGUUACUUCCUCUCCCAAGCGUGUUGGUGAAUUAAAAUCUUCUCAAAGGGAUGAGAUUGCACGUAUGUUGAGCACAGAGGGUACUAGUCGUCAUUAUCAGCAACAAAAUAAUAUCAUAGUUGAGCACCAUUAUCAUUUUGACAUUUUCAACUCUAUAAUAGAUUUACAGCUGAUGGAGUUAGACCAUAGAUUCAACAAUGAAGUAGUGGAACUUCUUACUCUUGACUCAGCUUUGGAUCCUAGUGAUUCUUUUAAAUCUUUUAACGUGGAGAAUAUUUACAAUCUUGCUGAGAAAUUCUAUCAUUGGGACUUCACUCAUCAAGAUCUUAAAGUAUUGAAGAUUCAGCUAAUGCAUUAUCAACUUGAUGUACCUAGUGAUCUCGAGUUUCAAAAUACUUCUUCUCUUAUAGAUUUAUGUGGGAAACUAGUUGUGAGAAGGAAAUCCAAGUGCUACCUUUUGGUUGACAGAUUGAUCUGUCUUGUGUUGACUCUUCCCGUUUCUACAGCAAUUAUGGAAAGAGCAUUUUCAGGCAUGAAACGUAUUAAAACAGCGAUGCGUAACACGAUGGGAGAUGAAUUUCUUGCUGAUUGCAUGACCAUCAACCUUGAACGGGACCUUGUUUGGAAAAUUAACUUGGAAUCUAUUAUCGAUGAAUUCGAGUCUUUAAAAACUCGAUGA